ACACAGGUGUGGAAGCGAGAACUUACUUUAAUUUAUAGAAAGCAGCUUGACAGUCCGGUUCCCAACACAAUGGUUUAUUCCCUUAGCUAUGGCAUACCCACUUUACCCAAGUUACAUUCACGCACUGACGUCUGCCUCACAAAAUACAUCCACAAGCUCAUCUAUGCAUCACGGUCAUCAUCAACAACAGCAGCCAAAACGAAAACGACGACAUCGCACAAUUUUCAGCGAAGAACAGUUAGAGCAGUUAGAAGCAACGUUCGAACAGACACACUACCCUGACGUUGUUUUACGGGAGCAGUUAGCAAUGAAAGUCGAUCUAAAAGAGGAAAGAGUCGAGGUAUGGUUUAAGAAUAGGCGAGCGAAAUGGCGAAAACAAAAACGCGAGGAGCAGGAGAGACUGAGAAGAGUACAAGAAGAUGAACUGAGUAGAGGCUCUACAACUGGACAAAUACUUUCACGGAGUAAACCAUCAAAUAAUACGUGUUACAGUGAUGAAGAAGCGUCUGAUUUAGAAGUGGCUUAAACAGACUCGAUUAUUCUAUUUUAAAUUAUUAGCGUACUCAUGAAGCA